AUGUACCCUCUUUCGUCCAUUGCACUUCUGCCUUCAUCCCAAGCCAGCGUGUCUGACCUCCGCAGCCUCAGCAACCUUUCUCUGUCCACGCCCGGCAACACAGACACUUCCACUACCCCCCGGGACUUCUCGGGCCUUUCACGAAGGAAUGGCGGCACGUCCUCCCAUGGCCGCUCGAACCCCUUCGGCUCGACGACCCCCGGGGGAGCAAUGGCGUCUCCUACUAGUGCCGGGGGGGCAGCUCAGUUCGGUCUCGGGUCAGGCGCAUUCGCAUCUUUCGGUUCGGUCAAGACACCAAAGACACCAGGCAACCCUUUCGAGCAAGCUAUGGGCGUCAUUGGUGCCAAAACCCCAUCGAGUGAGAAGUCGGCCAAGGACGCGAUGCGGCCUGCUGCCAGCGGUAAACCCACAAUGGAUGUCAUCGCCGAGACCACGACCCAACGGCCCUCUUCAACAACUCCACACCACAUACGCGAUAGCUGGGUUUUCUGGUUCCGCCCGCCCAUCACGAAAGCGAACGGAUACAUCGAGUAUGACAAGACCUUGCAUGCGAUGCUGGCGGUGAAUACUGUGGAGGAGUUCUGGGUGGCCUACCAGCACCUGAAGCGCCCCUCCUCACUACCUAUCGUGUCCGACUACCACUUGUUCAAGAAGGAUAUUCGGCCCAUAUGGGAAGAUGAUGAGAACAAGCAAGGUGGCAAAUGGAUACUUCGGCUUAAGAAGGGAGUAGCGGAUCGGUAUUGGGAAGACCUUCUCUUGGCUUGCGUGGGGGACCAGUUCGGCGACGAGUCUGAUGAGGUCUGCGGCAUCGUGUUGAGUAUUCGCAAUGGUGAGGACGUGCUCAGUAUCUGGACUCGCAGCACUGGACAGAAAGUCCUCAAGAUUCGCGAGACGAUGCGCCGCGUGCUCAACUGCCCUCCCGAGACUCGCAUCGAAUUCAAGAGUCACGGCGAUAGCAUGCAACAGCGCGUAGCCAUCGAAGAGUCGCGUCGCGAGAAGGCAGCCCACAACAACCAUGGCGAUAAGCGCAACAAGACGCGUCAAACACAAGAAGACCAACGUUCCUAG